GCCUGGUCAACUUCCGAUUUGUCCGUGGAAAACCACGUGUAACCCCCUUAAUCUGCCUUUUAGCCAUCAUGGGUUUUCAGAACAAGCCCAUUUUGAUUGAUGCCCGAGGGCAUCUGCUCGGGCGUCUGGCCUCAAUUGUUGCCAAGACAUUACUGCAAGGUCAACGAGUUGUUGUUGUACGAUGUGAAGGCAUCUGCAUAUCUGGCAACUUCUACAGAAACAAAUUAAAGUACCUAGACUUCCUGAAGAAGCGAUGCAACGUGAACCCUGCUCGUGGCCCGUUCCACUUCCGGGCUCCCAGAAUGAUCUUCUGGAGGACUGUCCGAGGUAUGCUCCCCCACAAGCAGCCUCGUGGCAAAGCUGCCCUCAGAAAGCUGAAGAUGUUUGAGGGGAUCCCUGGACCCUAUGACAAGAUGAAGAGGCAGGUUGUUCCCUCCGCUCUCAAAGUGCUUCGCCUGAAGCCAACAAGCAGGUACUGUCAGCUGGACCGCCUGUCAAGUGAGGUUGGCUGGAUGUACCAGGGAGUGGUGGCCAAGCUUGAAGAAAAGAGGAAGGUCAAAUCAAAUGAUUACUUCAAGAGGAGGAAGUCCACCCUUCGUCUCCGAGAACAAGCCAGGAAAAAUGUCCAACCCAAGGUCAAGAAACAGCAACAACUUAUCGAGAGCUGUGGGUACCAGUGAGACAUGUACAAAGAGUAAUAAAUUUCUGUGGGGAA